AUGGCAUUGUCUGGCACUUCAGAGCGAAAAUUAGCUUUAGUUAUUGGUAUUAAUGAUUAUCCUGAUGAUUCGAAGUUAAAUUAUUGCAUCAACGAUGCAACAGAUAUGGGAAAUAAAUUGAAAAGUAUAAAAUUUGAUAUCACCACAGGGACUGACUGCAAAAAAGAUGAAUUUAACCACCUGAUUGAGAAAUUUGCCGAAAGGAUUCAAUCAAACGAUUUAAUCCUGUUUUACUUUGCUGGUCAUGGAAAUCAAUUUGAAGAUAAAAAUUAUUUACUACCAGCUGGUUACAACUAUGAUCAUAGUACAAGUGAACGAAAAUACAUUAAAGAAAACUCCAUCUGCGCUCAAUACGUACUUCAUAAAAUAACAGCCAAGAGGCCUCAAGUUACAAUAUUUAUAUUAGAUUGCUGUAGAUUCUAUGUAAAAAUGCGUUCGAUCAAAAGUCAUAAAGGUUUGGCAGCAAUAAAAGGACCACCAGAGUCUUUAAUCAUAUUUUCUUGUGGUUUUGAUCAGGGUACAGUAGAUGAAACACAAAAUGAGCGAAACGGCAUAUUUACUGAACACUUGUUAAAUCAUAUAACAAUGCCUGACCAAGAUGUUGAAACAAUAUUACAAAAUGUUGCCCGGGAUAUUAAAUUAAAAGGAUUUCCUUUACCCUGGCGUGCAAGUUGUCUUACAGAAAAGGUCUACUUGGCGGCAGAAAGUCUUGAAGGUAAAAGCAUAUAUUCUUGA